UCCACACAAACUCUUCCUCUCUCUCUCUCUAAGAAAGUUUUUCUUUACAGAACCUGACGGUACAGUUUCAGAGUUUAACACUACCUCCAUUAAUGGCGGUAGAAACUCUUCAUCAUCGUAGUCAAGCAGGAUUUACAGUUUCUACUGCUGAAGAUCUUCAUCUUCAUAAUCAUCACCAACCCCUUCAUCCACAUCGUCAGCAGCAAGUGAAAGCAGCAGCGGCGGCGGCGGUGGCUCCAGUGAAAGAAACCCAUUAUAGAGGAGUUAGAAAAAGACCAUGGGGGAGAUUUGCUGCUGAGAUUAGAGAUCCUUGGAAGAAAACACGAAAAUGGUUAGGCACUUUUGAUACAGCAGAAGAAGCAGCAAUGGCUUACGAUGAAGCUGCGAGAAAUCUAAGAGGACCUAAAGCAAAAACGAAUUUUGGAGAUGGACUUAAUACUAAUAUUUCAUUAAGUAUUAGGUCUUCUUUAAUGAUGCAUCAUCAACUUCAUCAGCAGCAAUGGAGGAAUAACAAUAAUCAUUUUGUUAGUACCGGAGAUUUCCAUCGGAAUGUGUUUUCUUCACCCAGUGCUCCGGUGAUGAGUAGUAAUAACUAUCCACCAGUUGUUAAUAUUUCUUCUGCUUCUUCGGGUAAGGAUUUUACUGGUUAUAGAUUUGAUGCUGUGGAAGUUGUUGUUAGAAAUGAACAAGAAAAAAAUAAGAUGAGAAAAGAAGAAAAAGAAAUCCAGAAGAAGAAGAUGAAGAAAGCUCCAUUGUCAUUUGAUCUUAAUCUUCCUCCUCCUAUCUUUUGAUUAUGAUGGUGAUGACAUUUUGACGAUCACGAUUUGCUGAUAACAGCUAGCUAUUAUUAGAGGAUGGCGAAAUAUUAAUGACAGUGCGUUUAUUUCAAUAUUAGGGUGAUCUUGGAUCUUUUAUUUAAUUGCGGCAGAUAUUUUGUUUCUUUAGUUUAAGUUAUUAUAUCUACAGGUUUAAUUUGAUGAUGGAACUUUUUUCAAUAGAAAUGAAUAUUUUAAGAUAA